CGCGUACUGCUCGACGCUCCAGUACAAUUUCGGCGCUGAAACGGUACGGAUACGAGUAACGGAAGUGCAGUGAAAUUCGUUUUUUUUAUGAUCGCCUAAUUAUUCGUUGUGUUCAUUUAUCAUACAAAAUUAAGCGCUAAAUCCGCAAAUUUUAGUGAUUAAUUAUAAUUUAUAGUGCUUGCUUGCUUAGUUAGUGGAAAAAAUAAAACGAAAUUAAAAAUGCCAGCCAAAGUGCAAACACCCACCAAAAGCCAGAUCGACGAGCUGCGAAAUUUAUUCAACGAAAAAUACGAGCAAAGUCCACCCGCAGUACCCUUCCAUAACCUGGAUCUCGAACGGAUACGCCAUGGAGAUAUGUGGCUAACACGAUUCCUCGAGAUGUACGAUUUGAACAUGCAGACAUCAAUAGAGAAGCUCUGGGAUACUUGCAUAUGGCGGCAACAGUUUGGCACAAAUGAACUAAGCGAAAAUAAUUUGGUUAAGGAAUACUUACACGAUGGAGUAAUAUUUGCACACAACAAAGAUUUGGAUGGCAAAACGUUGCUCAUAUUCCGAACCAAGCUACACGUGAAGGGCACAAAGAAUAUGGAUGAAGUAAUUCGCGUUGUGGUCUAUUGGAUCGAGCGAAUACAGCGCGAAACAGAUUUGGAUCAAAUGACAAUUUUCUUCGACAUGGCCGGCACCGGCGUAUCCAACAUGGAUAUGGAGUUUGUCAAACGCAUCAUCGAGACAUUCAAACUGUAUUAUCCGAAUGCGCUGAAUUAUAUAUUGAUUUUCGAAAUGGCUUGGGUGUUGAACGCGGCUUUCAAAAUCAUAAAGGGUUUUCUGCCAGCCAAAGCGCUGGAAAUACUCAAAAUGAUAUCGAAGAAGGACAUAAAUCAGUAUAUCGACAAAGCCAAUUGCCUUGCCAGUUGGGGUGGCAAUGACCUGUACGAAUUCAAAUUUGUGCCAGAACAGUUGAAGAAACAGAGACCUACUACACUGACUGUGAUAAGUAAUGGCGCGCUGCCAAGCGAGCCAAGCAGCCCCGAUUCGUCGUAUGAAAAGAAGGUACACUUUGCCAACAACAACCGGAUGUACGCGGGAUCUGAAAUGCCGGAAUGUGAGCGAGGCUAUCAAACCGUGGACCCAAUGAGCACAAUGCUGCGAAUUUCUCCAAACGAUAAUAUAUACUUCAAUCGGGGCGAAAAUAGCGAGAGCAUAAUAGAACUCACAUGCAUCGGAAAACAGGCUAUAACUUAUAAGAUUCAAACAACUUCGCCAGAAAAAUUUCGAGUGCGUCCACGUUGUGGCUAUUUAGCGCCGUCUGAGACGGUUUCGGUGAACCUUAUGUUGAAGCAGGACUAUCAUUUGGGUGAGUCGCCGAAGGAUAAAUUUCUCGUGAUGUGUAUGCCAGCACCUGUGGGUAUAGAGCCGUCACAGCAAAGUAUGAGUGAAGCUUGGAAAAUGAAACCUCAAAAUGGCAAUGAUGUGGAGCAACAUCGCUUAACCUGCAACUAUAGAAGCAGUGCAAGUGCAGCAAGUACACCGGGUACUUGCGCCUGUGGAAAAACUACCGUGUUCAACGGUGGUCCGGAUGAGGGCUUUUCCUCCACGAAGAGUACCAACACUUCGGAUCUGUCAACACAAGCUAAACACUUGGAGAGUCAAUUGAGAUUUACACAAAUUCUACAAUGUAUUACGCUCGUAUUUUUACUGGGACUCUGUGUCGCAGUUGUUUAUCUACUGAAGACACAACUAAAUCACCUGCCCGGCUGCAUCGGUGAUGAGGAAUGCAGUGUUUCAGCCAAUUGUCAAAGCCGAAAUCUAUAAUAUUUACUUUCAAAAUGCAAUUUGAC